AUGCCGUGCGAGGCCUUUGCGCAUGCGACGCCCUCGCGUCGAGGAGGCUCGACCGAAGAGGAGGAGAACCAGGUCGUCCAGGUGAAGCCAAACACCCCUUUACCACCGCAAGGCUUUCAGGCGCGAUCGCCAGGUCCGCCCCUCUCUCCCAGAAAUUCGAUAAAUAACGGUCCCAUAGGCGCGCCACGACCGGGACCACAGCCGUUGCGCCGACUGGACAGUCGUUCCUCCCUGGGCCCACCAGCCUCGGGCCAAUUCGUCCAGCUCAGACCUUACGGACCGCCGCGGCCGCCGGGAGGAUCUUUCCCUCCAAGGCCACCGCAGCCCGGUCAGCUGCCCCCGCAGAAUCAGCGUUUCGCGUACUCCCCAGGUAUCCGAGGCCCCCCCCCGCCGUCCGGUCAGAGAUCGCCGUUCGUCGGUAACUAUCAACAAGCACGAGGCAACGAGCCGCGGUUCCAGCGACCAGCGCCGGACAUCGCGGCCCAAAACGGGCCACCGCGUAACGCGGAGGCCGCGCCUCACCGACCCGGCCAGGACACCGCUUUUCCCAGGCAGCUGCUGAGAAAUGACUCGGCGCUGAGCCUGCAGCGGCAGCACCUUUCGUCCAACGAGGAGAUCAAGCAGCCGACGCGACCGCGCAUAGUCGUCGAGAGGAUGGCGGACAUAAACGAAACGACCGGCGGCGACGACAAGCCCGAGGCUUACCUGCAGGGGAAAAAGUUGGACGUCCGCGAGAAUGUCGAGAACGACGACGACGAUGACGUAGUGAUGGACAACCAGAAGUCGCCGCGGCACGACGCCAACAGUAUCUCUCCUGAGGUGCUGGUGAACGGCUCCAAGUCGCCGUCGACGCCCAGGAAGCACGAUGACGCCGUUAAAGCCGCGAGCCGGCCGGGAACUGCCGAGAAGCAGGACGUGCCGUCGAAGCCGAUCUCGGCGAACAGCGGCGACAAAGUGUCGAGAGACUCCACCGAGGACGCGAUCGUUUCUCAGAGCAGACCUUCCUCCGCGGUAAGUGGCGGCAAGGACGAAGGACCGACGGGGGAUUCCGCGAAGAGCGACUCGAGCGACAAGUCAUCUCGUCCGCCGAGCGCGAUGUCGAUACCCCACGAGGAGGAAGUGAAACAGCCGCCUGGUAGCCCGUACGGCAGCGACGAGCAGAACCUGAGGACUCCCUCGAGGACGUCGGACAACUCGCGGUCCAGCACCCCGUCGCAGCUGGCUGCCAAGCCGAGCACUCCGGCCGGGCUGGUGGAGCCGGAAUCGAGAACGCUGCUCAAGACUCCGGAUAAAUCGCGCUCGAGCACUCCGGCCGGACUGGAGCCGCCCCAGAGUGCGGGGCAGGAGUCGAGGACGCCGGAGAAAUCGCGCUCGAGCACUCCGGCCGGACUGGAGCCGCCCCAGAGUGCGGGGCAGGAGUCGAGGACGCCGGAGAAAUCGCGCUCGAGCACUCCGGCCGGACUGGAGCCGCCCCAGAGUGCGGGGCAGGAGUCGAGGACGCCGGAGAAAUCGCGCUCGAGCACUCCGGCCGGACUGGAGCCGCCCCAGAGUGCGGAGCAGGAGUCGAGGACGCCGGAGAAGUCGAGCAUCCCGGCUAACCUGACGCCGUCUCCGCAACCGGAACCGGUGGUAUCUCCGGCGAAAACACCGGAGAAGCCGGCGGACUCCGCAGCGGAGCCGAGUAGCGACGAAACCGCCGCGGAACCCGGAAAGCUCUUCGAGAACUCGCACCGUGACAAGUCCGGCGAGGAUACUCUGCAAGUGAAGGAGUCCAGCAGGCCGGCGUCGUCCUUGGACUCGCCCGACAUGGCGGUCGAGAGGGACAGCAAGUCGCCCUCGACGCCGGAGAGCCAGGGCAAACUGUCGGCGCUGACCCCGCCCAGGUCGCCCGAGGAAACCGUGAAGGGCUUCGACAACGGCCGGCAACGGUCUUUGUCCUCGAGGAUGUCUCCCGGCGCCAGCCCUCGCUCACCGAACUCCCCGAAGUCGCCCGGCGGCAGCGCGAAGGAGGGUGAGAAGAAGCGGACCUCCUUCGCCGAGGACACCGUCGCCGACGAGAAGGCGGCGGAGGCAGCGGGGAAAACACCGACGUCUCCGUCGAAGCCUUCCGCGGGGAAGACUCGACGAGCGACCACGCCGGCGAAGCUGAGCGACGAGAAAGCGGAGCCGAAGUCCUCGGAGAAAAAAGCGGUCCAAAACGGCAGUGCGAGCGAGUCGCAAGCUGAUACGGUACCGACUACAAAUGGAGUCGCGGAAUCGCCAACUAAAAAGUCCAAAGAAUCCGACAAGAGAUCGACCGCUGGGUCGCCUACGAAAUCACCUAGCAAAUCCGCUAAAUCGGUACCACGAACUCCCGAAACACCUCCGUCGACUGCCCAAGAGAAAAAGAAGCUGCCGAUGAAUAAAAUUCAAGUCGGCGCGGCGCCCUCCCCGAACUUGAAAACCGUACGGUCGAAGAUCGGUUCUCUGGACAACGCGAGUUACAAGCCGGGCGGCGGCAAAGUGAAGAUAGAGAACAGGAAGCUGGACUUCAGCAAAGCGCAACCGAAGAUCGCCGCGAAGAACGAGAAAUACACGCCCAGCGGGGGCGACAAAAAGAUCGCCCAGCAGAAGCUCCAGUGGAACGCCAAGUCCAAAGUAGGCUCCUUGGAAAACGCCACCUACAAACCGGGCGGCGGUGACAAGAAGAUCGAGACUGUAAAGCUCGAUUUCAAGGACAAGGCGAAACCAAAAGUCGGAUCCAAAGACAACGCGAAGCACAUGCCCGGCGGCGGAGCCGUCAAGUCCGCAACUCCACCUAAGACACCGCAGGAGGCGAAGAACGACAUUCCGACGCAAAAAAUAGAUAUCAAGGCCGAGAGCAAGAUUGGCUCGUUGGAUAAUAUGAAGCACAAGCCGGGCGGUGGUGACAAAAAGAUCUUCAACGACAGAGACUAUCUGCGACAGACGAGUUCUAACGUUGAGAGCUUGAAUGGCAGCGGGUCCCAGGCUCAGACGCCGGUGGAGGACAAUCGCCCGUCGCAGAACGACUCGAAGGCCAACGACACCGAGAUGCCGCAGCCGCCACCCUCUACGCCAACCCGCGUCCGCCACGUCACGUCACCCUCGUCCGUCGUGACACCCCGAGCGGUCAGGAACGGAUUGGCCAAAUCUCCGGACGCCAGCACGCCCAGGAGGCAACUUGUGCAAGAGACGGAGGGUGGUCUGAACGUAGCGGACGAACGGAGCGCAUCUAAAACACCCUCGCCGGAUGCGACGGAGGGUGGAAGCGCAGCGAAGAGUCGCUCGCCGAGGUCGCCACGACCGCCGAGCAGUCUGCGUGUCAAGUCCGCCAGUGAUAGAUCCUCACCUCGAAUGAGCCCGAGCACCCCGAGCAAAACAUCCCCAGGCACGCCGAGGAAAACGUCCCCCAGGGAGUUGCGUCUUCCGAAGCUCGCGUCCUCGCCGACACCGCAGGAAGCGAGCCCGGCACCCGAGAGUCACUCGAAAAUCACUUUACCCAAACUGAUCGAGCCAUCCUCGCAAGCCGCCCGGAUGGCAUACUGAAGCUGUCGAAUCCGACAACAGGCUUUGUAGCGCUUGGCACGUAGGCGCUUCCGGUCGUGUGCACUUCUUCUCGCGCGGGAAGAAACUUUAGUCGAAUUCACGUGACCAUAAACAAAGCGAACGCGUUUUGGCGGGAGGAAACAGAAUUUCUGGCUCUUACAAACUAAAUUUGAUUCUCUACAACCAGAAAUAGUUUUUCCCCUAAUCGAAAUGCGUCUGUUCAUGGUCAGGUAAAUUCGACCAAACUUUUCUCCCGUGAACAUUCACGAUUUCUGUGACCAGUUUGCAGUCGAUCGUCCCUUAAUGAAAAUUUACUUGGACGUUUGCCACAAUUUCGGGACACGUACGAUUUCUGAUACCUUUAUAUGUCACAAAUCUCGAGUUAAAAUAGUUAUAAAAUAGUAAAAUAGUUUAUCUGAGAUUAAAUGAAGAAUAAGGUAUCGUUAUCUACUGAUACACUUUUGUGUACAUUAAUUUACAAAAGUCGAAAUUUUAUAGAUCUUUUGUGAAUUGAGAGAAACUCGAUGUCUCGAUAUUUUUAUUAAGGGGCAAUUUACUCCACAUUAAUUCAAGAACUAGCACGUGAGAGAAAGUGCGCGACCUUUGUGUGAAGCACAUUGUAUAGUCAACGGCUGAAAGGUAGCAAUACGUUUGGUUUCGAUGCGUUUUAAAACACAGAUGAAAAUCGUCAGAGUGAUUAAACGAUUUGCAUCCGUUUUGGAACUCGUCGAAUUGAGAAGUGUUGCAACCUCUUUGCCGCUGACUAUAUGUCUCAUGAAGAAAACGCAAAAUUAACAAUAAUUUAGAAAAAACAACGGUAGAAAGAUUGACAAAUCACACACGCUAUAGUAAAUAUGUCUUCUUUUUAUUAACGUGCAUAGUCCCGUGCAGAAUUGAGCAAAGAUCGACUGAUGAAUCGAUUCUUUUGUUAAAAGAUGAAUUACGUCACUUGUCGAUGAUUUUUCCAAUUUUAUGAUUUCUAUCAAUAACUUUUUUUUCAAUUUGAUUCUAUUUUUUAGCAAUAUAAUUCAUCCUCGGGUCAAAAGUUAAAAAUACUUAAAAAAAACUUAAAAAGAUAACACAUCGCCUAUAUUCCUAAUUCCAGUAAAGAUAAACUUUUCUAUUAUAAAACUAACCUCUCAGUCGCAAACAAAGAAUAUAAUUCGACUAAGAAAUAGGCUGAAGAUUUGAGACGAGAUGGAAUAGGGGCUUGAUCUUUUUUCGCAAGUCCUACUUUUCCAACUAAAUCGUGUAAUUUCCAACCCCGUAUCUUCCUCUAUAUGGAAGAUUGACUCCUAACGGGUGUCGGAAACAAAAGUACCGUUUGGCAUCAAAAGAUGAUAAUGAAUUGUUAACGAUAUUAACUCGAUGUUAUGAGUAGUUUCAAUAUUCUUUACUCCGUCCUUUGCAGCCGUCUAUAAAAAAAAAAAAAUUGAUCAAAACUAGAUUUUUUACAAGGCGUUUUUAACUCUCAUUAUUUAACGUCCGAGCACCGUUGUCAAAAGUAAAUAUAAGAUACACAAUAAUAUUUGAAACAUGAUAACAUAUACACAUAUUCGUACGUUACAGUGUAACGAUAAAUGAAUGGUAAAUUGAAAGAGGAUACGGGAAAUAAUGAAAAAUUGCAAAUAAUAAGAUAUAUAG